UGGAUUUAAACCAAUUGACAAACUUAUUCAAGAAAUCAGACUGGAAUUUCCAUAUCCUUCUCAUAAUUUAAAUUGGAUUCUAUACGAUGAAUUCAUGGGUUCCAGAUUAAUCAUUCAAGGUCAAACCGUAGCGUUAAAGUGUUUGAAUAAUUCACAAGAUCUUAGUAGUGAUUAUCUAAAUGAAACCCAUAUGGGUUUAUUCUCACAACCACAAUUUUUACAUUGUUUCGGUAUAACGCAAUAUCCAAUCACUGGGGAAUUCAUGAUAAUGUUACAAUAUGCAUUAUUUGAAGAUUUGAGAUUACGUAAUCAUCGGAAAUAUAAUGAAUAUAUUGAUAAGUUAUAUUUUGUUAUUGGAGAUGUUAGACUUUGUGGAUCAGCUAAUCGUAGCAUACGUAAGAAAGAAAUUUGUUCAGGAAUGAGACCAUAUGCUGGUACAGCUCAUGAUAUGAAUAUGGCAAAAGAUAUAUGUAAAGGGAAAAGGCCACCUGUUUCACCUGUUCUAUCAGGAACACCUUCCUUUUAUUCUGAACUUAUGAAAAUUUUAGAUUAUUGGAUUCUCCAAAUUAAGAGAAGAACACAGACGGCAAAAUCACGUGCAGAAUUGAGAGGUUCUUCAAAUAAUUUAUUAAAACCCUCACAAAUUUAUUCAUCACUAAUAUCAAAAUCAUCUAAGGAUACAUUAAGUUCUAAGACUUCUCAAAAAAUAGACAAUAAUUCAACAAAUUCUUAUAAUACUUCAAAGAAGUUUCAAGAUGGAUCAAAUUCCAAUUCUAUUUCUUGA